AUGGCCAGAAGCUUCUUUGUGGUUCUCUUCUCUGCCACUGUCACCAGACGAUCCAGCUUGAAGCCGACCACAGAGCCGGCCCGCCUGAUGAGCUUCUCAAGCCUGGGGGAGUCCCUCUUGGUUGUGCUGCCUCCCCAACGCACCACAGCCAACCAGAGUCCUUAUGACAUCACAGGGUCCCUUAACAACCAGAGUCGUGAUGACAUCACAGGGUCCCUUAACAACCAGAGUGCUGAUGACAUCACAGGGUUCCAGAACAACCUGCUGGUCCCCCCAGUCCUGUUCAGCGCUGCAGUCCCCCCGCCACAGCUCUGGUUUCCCCGCCCCCUUCCUACUGACUCCAUGGCGCCCCCAGGCCCCCCCUGCUGCCCUCUCCUGCGCCUCCUCCUGCUCCUGCUGGGCGGGGGCGGGGCCAGGGGCUACGAGGCCCCGGCGGACCGGGAGGAUGUGUUCUCCAGGCGGGCGUGCCCCGCCUUCCUCUCCUUCAGCAACGCCGCCUUCCUGUCCGGCUCCACCGUGGAGCUGGCCUGCCGCUGCAAACCCCAUCAGGUGCGGGAGGUGGUGUGGUUCUACAGGGACCACCAGGCCGGUCCCCAGGCCACCAGGGCCCUGACGGAUCUCCAUGGCAACCGUCUCCUGGACCCCGACGACGUGCCCCCCCGCGGGGCGGACCUCCAGCUGCGCUCCUCCAUCCGCCUCUUCAGCCUGCUGCUCCACCGGGCGGAGCCGCGUGACUCCGGCCUAUACCUCUGUGGCUCCGCCCACCAGGACUUCUUCUAUGGUUACGACCUGGACAUCCAGGAGGGGGGCGCGCUCACCCUGUCGCCAAGUCCCAGCGCCGCCCCUGGGAGGAGAGAGAGUGGCCCUCCAGUGCCCCCGGGUGCAGCUCGCCCUCAGUUCCAGGUGUUCACCAGGUACGGGCCCUGGGGCCGCUGCGACCGCUGCGGGCCCCCUGGGGAGCAGGUGAGGGCGGGGCUCUGCUUCCUGCGCUCCCCCUACCUGCACGUCCGCUACCGCGCGGCCAAUCAGAGCCUGGCGUCCUGCGGCUCGGGGGCGGUACCUCCAGCUUUCGGCCUAUCGGAGAGCGGCAAGAGGCCGGUGGCUCGGCUGGAGGUCCGACUGUGUCACGUGACCUGCCCGACUCAAGCCCCGCCCACCUCCAGCGACCCAUCCAUGAUGGGCCUCCUGGGCUUCAGUUCCUCCUCCCGGUCAGCAGGGGUGCCAGUGUUCUACCUGAACCGUCCAGCCAAUCAGGUCGUGACCCUGGGCUGCCCGGGGUCACGACCCCAGCACGCGGUGGCCUGGGACCGGGGGUCGGAGCCCAUCUACCGCUCUAAACACCUCAAAGCGUCCAACCUGACCUCCACAUCUCCCAGGAUGCACCUGGACGUGGCAGGUCACCUGGUCUUCAGACCCGCCCACCUGGAGGACUCAGGGGUCUACUACUGCUGGCUGCAGGGGCGCAAGGCAGUCCAGAUACGACUGCUGGUCUACGCCCACUUUGGGCGGGGCCACAUGCUGUCAGACCCCAGCGUCCAAUCAGCUCUCAGGGCGGUGCUGAUGUCAUACGCUGCCAUGACGACCGUCUUCAUCAUGCUGCUGCUGGCGAGAGCGGGAAUCAGGAUGUUCAGGAACACUGGACCCUAG